AUGCAGCGCGCAAUACAUAAUCGCAGUUGGGAGACCGUCAGAGUCCUGUUGGGAUUGUGGGAGAGCUUACUAUCUCAACAAGGAUUACCGAGUAACUCAGAACCACAAUAUGACUCGAUGGGGCUUGUCAUGGAAAAAUUCUCCUCCUACAUUCCUGAAUGGAAUGAGAUUUACAGCAAUGAUAUCCAUCUGGAGGCCAUGUACCCGGAAAGAACACGAGAGGGGAUGUCAAAGGCGAUACGAGAGCAGCCGUGGGCCAUCGAUGAUUGGGAUGAUGUUGGCUACUCUCCAAUCCACUAUGCGGUGGUCGAGGGAAACUUAGAGGCACUUGAUCUCUUGAUCAAAGCCAAAGCCAACAUCAACCAGCACUGUUCUGUACAACGCAAGAACAUAAUAGCACUGCGUAGCCUAGUUAGCGCAGGUGCAUCGCUGACGGCCAUAAGCUCAAAGAAUUACAACAUCCUCCACUUUGCAGCUUAUAACCCUGAUGCUGAUAUGCUCAACUAUAUUGGAAAGCAUAACCUUGCUGGAGUCGAGUUGGAACAACGCAGCACUGAUGACUGCAAUCCUGUGUCCAUGUUACAUGCAAGUUGGAAUCGUCCUAGCUGGAGAAUAACUGAUUCGUACCCCCGGCCGAGCUUGGCAGAGAUGGAGGUCUUUAUCACGUUCUAUUUUGAUUUGCUGAUCCCUGACUUGAGACGUCACAUGUCGACUAUCAACAACCUUCUUCAAGCUGUCAAAGAUAGAGACGUGACUACAGCAACCGAAAUACUGGAUCAACUCAUCGAGAGGAAAGUCAGGUGCAACCAGACAGACCUUGUGGGCUGGUAUAGGGGGCUCAAGGGAUAUGUGGUCGAUGGCGGUUGGGACUAUCUUGAAGAUGUCUUGAAGGAUGAAUAUGACGAGACAAAUGAGAAGAUUGGACGAGCGGCUGUGGCGAGAGGCAAAACAAUCAAUGAUCCAGAAAUGGAGGAGUUCUUCUAG